CUGACUCCCCGGGGGCGCCCUUCCUCGCGUCUGGGCCCACAGCCUCCUCCAGGGGUCCCCUGCCAUCCUGAGAGUACAGGAUGGUGCUCCUGACGCUCCUCUGGAUGGGUGUCUUCUGCCACCUGUGUCAGGGCUACUUCGACGGCCCCCUCUACCCGGAGAUGUCCAACGGGACGCUGCACCACUACUUCGUGCCCGACGGCGACUACGAGGAGAACGACGACCCCGAGAAGUGCCAGCUGCUCUUCAGGGUGAGCGACAGCGGGCGCUGCCCGGCGGAGGGGGGCCCGGCCGGCCGGCUGCUGAGCCUGAGCCUGCGCGAGCAGUUCACGGUGCUGGGCCGCCAGGUGGAGGACGCGGGGCGCGUGCUGGAGGGCAUCAGCAAGAGCAUCUCCUACGACCUGGACGGCGAGGAGAGCUACGGGAAGUACCUGCGCCGCGAGUCGCACCAGAUCGGGGACGCCUACUCCAACUCGGACAAGUCCCUGACGGAGCUGGAGAGCAAGUUCAAGCAGGGCCAGGAGCAGGACGGCCGGCCGGAGGGCAGGCUCCACGAGGACUUCCUGGGCAUGCUGGUGCACACCCGCGCCCUGCUCAAGGAGACGCUGGGCAUCUCCGCGGGGCUGGGGGACAGGUACGAGCUGCUGGCCCUCACCAUCAGGAGCCACGGGACCCGGCUGGGUCGGCUGAAGAACGACUACCUUAAGGUGUAGGGCUGGGGCGCCCUGCCCUGCUGCGGAGGGUGGGGGGCAGGAGACAGGGCUGGCAUCUCCCUCCUGCUUCAUUGUUUUUUAUAUCCAGACUGGCACUUGGAGAAUGAUCGGAAGUCACCUUUAAAAGAAUGGGGACUUUGUUUUCGUACAUUAUUUAUAUGACUGCCAUUGAUUUGUCACCUGAAGAGAACAGUUUCAAGCCAGGCCUCCCACCUUUCCUAGAGGCUUGGUGACUCUGCAGAGACGCCUGUUGCAGUCCCGUCUAAAAGGACACAGAUCACGCAGUGUUU